GCGAGAAUGCCUUGGGUGUUCAGCGCCGAUGCAAGUCGCUGGUGCGAGUUGUUGUCACCUGGAGCCACCACGCCAAUGCACCUCUCAUGUUGUCGGUGGCCCAAGCAAUUGAAGCUAAGAAAUUCAGUGCGUGAAAGCCGACAUGGCAGCAGCUCGAUGCCUCACACCUCCAUAGUCUUCUCCACCGCAAGACCAUGGACCUGUGAGCAUCAGUCGUGGCUAGAGCAAGGGCGACAACUUCCUCGUGUGGCAACCCACGUGGACGCGCCAUCCCAUAAAAUAGUUGCUUCAACGAUAUUAUCCGGAUAAAGAUGUAUUGACCGGAAAUUACCAACUGAAACGUCGCGCGCUGAUUUGGUGCCGCGGAUGCCGGCGGCCGUCGGUGGAAGUUGAUGUAUUCGCGCAAUAAGAGCCUCUUCAUAAAUGACAUUCGCUACACCGACCAGAGCUCCGCACCGCCCUUGCUGAAAAGCGCAACAACGCAUGGAAUGACGUCGACCGAAGAGGAGCGCACGCAUUCACCGAAAGCCACCCAAGGAAACAAAGUCCGCCAGCUGCGAAUGUUGCCGCAGAAACGUCAACCUCGUCCUUCCCUGCCGACAAGGGGCGGAAACCACGUCCCCGACACAUUACCCUUUCCAACAACACUUGUACCUACAACGACAAAACAGCCGCACAAUCCCAUCACCAAGCACACUCUGCAAAGCAGACGAAAGGUCUAUGGGGUUCCCCCCAAAUCAACGCUGCACGAGACCGUCGCUGCGUCGAGGAAGCGCCACCUCGAUCCGUUGGACGCGCGUACAAUCCAAGCAGCUCUGCAGCACGAUGUGUCCGAGAUUCAGGAUACAAUGCACCGCGUGGCCAAGAACAUCCCGAUCCAGUUCCUCAUGGAAACAAACCACCGCGACUUUGCGCUCCAAGUCGCGACCGAAACAGUGUGGCGCAUCUUGGUGGCCAACUGGACGUUGGCGCAAAGGCAGGCCAUGCACCAGUGGCUGAAGUGGACGCUGCAAGCUCGACAACUCGAUCAUGUAGCCAAGCGUCAACUGCUCGAGAAACAAGCCGGCCUCGCGAGGUGUUUGCACAUCGCCCAGUCGCGGCUCCAUCGAUUCAUGCAAACAAGGUUCUACAUGUGGCACGGCGAAGCGAAUCGGCGAACGAGCGAGCUUCGUGUUAACAUGGCGCUGUCUAUUCAGUGUGCAUGGCGCCAGAAGCUUGCACGGCAUGCCGUGGCGCACAUCCAUGCCCGACACGAUCGAAUCAAGCAGCACCAUGCUGCCACUUGCAUCCAGCGCCGCGUCCGAGGAAUGCAGGGCCGGCGUCGUGCCAGUGGCGUGGCCUACGCCACAUUGACCCGAACCAGUGCUCGAAUCAUCCAGCGGGCGUUCCGGCGAUUCAUGGUCGCGCAGCUCCACUGGCGCCAAGUGAAACAACUAAGGGCACUGGACAUUCAGCGCGUGUGGCGGGGAAUGGAGGGGCGACAACGAGCAGUGGCCCGUCGGCAGGUCGUUCACGCCACUGCCAUCGACUUUUACAACGCGGACGCAGCAGCAUCCUUGAUCCGAUGCACGUCAUACCUCUGUGCCAUCCUGGCCAUUCAAAGGUGUAUCCGGCACCACUUGGCGCGGCAACACGUUACCACGGGACUGCAAACGCUGGCACGUCGGCAGCAAUGCUUUCCACGCAUUCGUCUUCAACGGUCGUGGCGGCGCUACCGGCGCGCGGUUCUCGCCGGUGCCGUGGAUGACGUCGUGCGCACGCUUGUUGUCAUGGCCAAACACCUCGCAAGAAAAGUCGUACAUCACUGUGCAAUGCUCGCCCGAGCCAAGCAACGGCAACGUGCCACCGCCAUCCAAUGCCUCGUUCGGGGAGCCCUCGCUCGCAUGCACGUAAACGCUGCACAACGCGACACGUGGACGGCGCUGGACCGUCAGCUGCCUCGUUGCGACAAAGCGUAUCUUGAGUGGGACGUCCUUACCGCCGUGGAACGCACCAAGUGCGUCGUCGUGUGGCGGCGAAAGGUCUCUCGGUGGCGAGAUGCAUGUGCAACGGACAUCCAGCGAAUGUUUCGUGGGCAUGCUGUCCGCAAGGUGUACCAAGUGCGACAGCGUGCAUGUGGCGAGUUGCGGCACUUGCUGAAUCGCCCGGUGCACCGAUAUCUGCGGCGGCUCAAGGCCCGCCGGGUUCGGGGCCGAUGGAGGCGCCACCACCACACAACCCUUGCGUCGACUGUGCUUGCGUGGAAAGGCAUCACGCAGGCCCUCCAGCGUAUCAAGACUCUCCGGCACAGCGAACGGCAGCGCCACGUUGCGCAAUGGCACUUUGAAAAGAAACAGCGGCGACGGAUGCUGUAUCACUGGGGCAACUGCGUGCGAGUCCAGCAGGGCCGUACACAUCGAGCGAUGCUGGCCACUCAUUUUUCCAACCGGCACAUCUUGACACGGGCCAUGGAGCAAUGGAGACGUGGCACGCUUGUGGAGAUCCUCCAGCACAUUGUGUGCAAGCACGCGAUGUUGGUGGACGUGUUCCAGCGGUGGGCAGGUCACACAGCGCUGUUGAAGCGGGCGCAUCAGCUGCGGAACAAAAUCCACGGACGCAUCAAGGCCGAUCUCGUAGAGCAUUGGAGGCAACUCCACAUUUUGCAUCACGUCCUUGGCGCCAUCGCGAUCGAGCACGCGAACCGAGCCCUCGCUCGAUCUCACUUGACGGCAUUGCGAACCUUGACUAGACGACAUCUUCUUGUGACCAAGCGUUGCAUUCGAUUGGGAUCGCGAGAUGGCGUCCACGCGUGGGUGGAAUGGGUGGGCGUGCUGCAAUUCCACCGAGCGCAGCGGGAACGGGGGCGGCUCUUUCGCAUUCGCCACCUCUUUGCGCAGUGGCAAACGCUUCCAGCUCUUCAAAACGCAGCAGCGUGUCGUCGACACCGCUUGGACAUGUUUGCAAAUGCGUGGAAAGCAAAGCGAGCACUGGUGCAAUGGGUCGAUCGGACCGACGUCGCGCGAGAAUACCAUGUUCUGCAUGGCAAGUCGCAAGGGCUGUUUUCACGCACGUUCCGGCGGAAAGCAUUCGCAGAAUGGUACAAACUGUGGGCCGAGACAGCUGGGAAGCGGCGCAUCGCGAGCGCGCUUCGCGUCCAAGCCGCGUGGCGCGGUAAACGCGGACGGCGGCAGUUUGCCAAGGCCAAGGCAUUGCAUCGCUACAAGAUGGCCAAGCGCAUUGAACGAGGGGCUGACUCUCCCGAAUGCACAGUGGACGGCAUCACAACGCUCCUGCAGACCAAGCAGUGGGUGAUUCUGUACGCGUAUUUGCCUUGGGAGCCACCGACACUGCCGCAGCGACGGGCAUUCUGUACGAUCGCCACCAAGCUGCACCUCAAGCGCGACAUCGUGUUUGGCUUUUGCGACGCGACCCAACUCGACCCUGGCACGAUGGUGAGCCUAGCGACCCGCCUCAAGCUCAAGUCGCGGCUGCCAUCCAUUUCAGUGUUUUGGCAAGGUCGGGGACCCGAGAACGAAACCCUGCGCGAUCCCGCGCGGCGCAUCGCUCGCAGGUUUACAAAAGUCGACAUGCAAUUCCAUGGCUUCGUUGCCAUGACGUCGGAUACGCUUGGAGCGUUUGUCGACCAACUUUUUCAAAAUGCCCAGCACGCUGCAGCCACAGAUAUCCAAGCCAUCUUGCGAGGCACCCUGGUCCGCAUGCGAAUCUACUACGCAAGGCAAUACCGCCACCGCAAUGUUGCAACGUCGAUCGUGUGGUGGUUCGUCCGGCAGUGCCGACGGCGGCGGCAUAAGAAUGCGACCAAGCUCGAGCGGUGGUACCGGCGCCGAAUGGCGCAACAUCGAGCGUGGAACACGGCCAAGGCGCGUAUGGUCGAACUGCGCAAACCGGUUCAACUGAUUCAACGCGUCGUGCGGCACUACUUCAGCAGAGUUCAGUACGGACGAGCCAGGGACGAGCGACGAGCGACGCCGGAGCUGUACCCCCACGCUGCGUUGUGCAUGACGUGCGAGCGCCGCGUCGGCAUGACAAAAUGCACCGACUGCGACGAACCGUACUGCGACGACUGCUUUGCAAUGUUUCACCAACAAGGAAGUCGCGCCGACCAUCGCGCUGUCUCGAUGGACUUUAUUGCGAUGGACAAGAACUGGUGCAUGUGUCGCCGGUGCCAUGUUCGAUCUACUCGACGCGUCUGCGUGGAAUGCAGGAUCGGGCUGUGCAUCUUGUGUUUUGAAAAAGUCCACUCGAUGCGAUCUGGCCUCCAUGGCCACCGCUUUCGUCGCCCCGUCAAGCUCGUCCUCGACGAAACCAAACGCAAGACGAAGCGGCGAUUCCAAAUGCCCAUGUUACUCUGCUCCGACUUGGCGCAAGACGUUAUCACGCAGCAUGGAUGGCCCACAAAGAGUCGCGUUGAUGCAGCGGCGGCAGCCGUCGAAGCAGCUCGACUCGCCGCCGACUCGCGCGAACGCCAGAUCCAAGCGAUCUGCGCCAUGCUGGAGAAGCCCGUCCUCGAUGCAUUCCAAGUGUACGACCCCGACCACGAAGGCUUUAUCGGCAUCGGCGAGCUGCGGAUGCUUUUGACGCAGGAGCUGUGCAUCCCGGUCCGCAAGCGAGAUAUCCAAGCGAUUGUGGCAAACAUCGACAUCAAUCACGAUGGUCACCUCGGAUGGAACGAGAUCGUGCGGUGGCUGGCAGUUCAAGUGGUCGACGGCACCUUUCGCGGCCCCGUUCGUGCGGUCCGACGAAGUCAAUUGCGCGUGCACAAGCGAUAUCGCAACGCGGCGCAGCGGUACCGCGAGUUCCAGCGCGCCUUCCACGGUCGAUUCCCAUCGCGUCGCGCGAAGAAGCGCAUGGUGUCGCUGUACCCUGACGUGGGCCAACUCCACCCCGUCGACGACUUUCAGCGAAAGAAGCACGUGUUUUACCGGUUCCUUCAAACUGAAUUCGCCAUGGCUUGGAUCUUGGACGACAUCCACGUCAUCGACUUGGACAACCAGAUGAAAGUGUUUGCAGACGUGUUUGUCCCGCGGUGGAACGCUGGCGCGUUGGGCUACGACUACUACUACGACGGCGUCACAUUCGAGCACAAAGCAACGCUGUUUGAGCAAAAAUGGGAUCGCGACCUCCACAAGUAUGUGUUUUGGAACGUGGCGACCCACGACGCGCACUUGGUCGACCCGCGGAAGGAAGACGUGCUGUACGCGAUGGCGUUUGACGCGUUCAACGAAGUCGACGUCGACGGGUCGGGCGACGUCGACGUGAACGAACUCUACACCUUGCUCAACGAAAACCUGUGCGAGCCCAUGCCAAUGCACCAAGUGAUCCAAGUGAUGCAUUCGAUCGACCAGGAUGGCUCGGGCACCAUUAGUUUCCACGAGUUCUAUGCGUGGUACGGGUCCGAAUACAGUCAGCAGCACGUCAAGUCGGUCAAGCAUGACGGGUUGAAAAUGGCGCUGCGGACAAGACGCAAUGCCAAGCGACUAGCUGCCAAGAGCUAUCGUGCGGGAGUGAAGCACGGGUCGAUGAUGAUUCAAGGCGUGAAGAACCGCAUGGAACAGCGGCGACUGCAAGCCGACUGUGCCAACGCAGACCCAGAAAUGGUUGAGCUCUUGAUGGAGGGCUAUGAGAAGCACAUGGUCCAGAAGGCGCUCAUGAUGAGCCACAACGACGUGAACAAGGCUCGCGACUGGCUCGCACACAAGAAGGAAGAAGCUGCGUUCGAUGCGGCCAAGAAGCGAGAAGAGCUACGACGCCGCCGCCAAGAGCAACUGCAAGUGCUGCGUGCAGUUCAAACGUCGACCAAACAAGGUCUCGUCAGCGUGGCAUCCGCGAUCAAGGCGAUGCUGUUCGGAAAACCCGCCAACGGAGACGCAGAAGUCGAUGCUAUUCUGAAGAACCUCAAGAUGGAGAUCGAUGGAGCGCGAGAGAUCGUCCAAGACGAGCUGGACCCGCAGUACUGACAAGGGCUGGCCAGACCACCCACGCAUAUACGUGUCAGUCAAAGCGUCGUUGUUUCAAUCAACCUGCGUGAAAUUUCUCCAUCUCGCGCUCAAUCUUGGCGCGUUCGAGGCCGUCGUCGUCGCUGCCAAAGACCUGCGCCGACAUGUACUCAUCCCAGUCCAUGUACCACACCGUGAGAGCAUAUCUGCAAAACGACUGAGCCACACUUGGACAUGCAACGAGACGUACCUCUUCACAGUGGUCGGUCGAACUUCGUGCGGGUUGCGACCGUCCGAAUAGAACAAGAGCAGGCGGUCCAACAGCGGAGUCACGACAUGAGCGUCGUCGCCGUGGUAGAGGACGAGCUCGCCGCCGUGGGGUAGCUCCCAUGACGGAUUCAAAUACAAGAUCGCAGUGACCUGCCAAAGCCACGAAAAAGGUUGAUGUUCAGCCGUGGAGA